CCGACAAGAGGAAGUAGGAAGUCGGUCGGCCGAGAGCAAGAACGGGAGGUCGAGCACAUAAACAAUACACAAAAGACCAAAAGUGGGGGCGUAAAUAAGGAAUAUUUUUUUUUUAUUGCAAUGGCCGGUGUUAAAGCACUAGUUGCUUUGUCCUUCAGUGGUGCCAUUGGACUAACAUUUCUUCUGCUGGGCUGUGCACUGGAACAGUAUGGGGUAUACUGGCCGCUGUUUGUGCUCAUUUUCUACGUAUUAAGCCCCAUCCCCACCUUCAUAGCCAGACGCCUCGGCGAUGACACUGAUGCCAGCAGCAAUGCAUGCAGGGAGCUGGCUUACUUCUUCACUACUGGCAUCGUAGUAUCAGCUUUCGGGCUUCCCAUCAUCCUAGCCCGCAAGGAAGCGAUUCAGUGGGGCGCCUGCGGUCUGGUGAUGGCGGGUAACACUGUCAUCUUCCUCACCAUCCUUGGUUUCUUUGUCGUGUUCGGAGGAGGAGACGACUUCAGCUGGGAGCAGUGGUAGAGUGCCUGUCGGCUAUGGAAGGAUGGAUGGGAGGAUGAAUGGAUGAAUAGGUGGAUAGAUAGAUGGAUAGACUGCAGACCGAGGGGCGAAAUAAAUGUCUCCUGCACUCAGUGGUGCAUGUUACAUAUGUGUAGGGCCCAUAAUUUAAAAACAAAUGGGCGUAUUAUCAAGCUGAUGCUUAUAUUAUUUCAUAGGGGGAUUUGGGGUUACAGACAGCUCUGUGUCUCCAAUUCCUGUGCCUUGUGUCUGGGACCAGAGAGACUUGGAUGUAACCACACCCGUAUCCCUUUUAUGCUAUAUCUCCAUCACUCUCCACCUUAACUGCUUUAUUUUAACUUGUCUCAACUUUGUUGCAACCCCCCCCAAACCAGCUGCAGUUAUCUGCUAAUGCAUUAAGCCUCAGUUAAUAUCAUAAAGGGAUCCUCAUGAAUAAUUCUGUUGUAAUCUUCACUGCAAUGCUCUCUGCAUUCUCUCAGUCCUUACUGUUCAAGGGGGAAUUUGCUCUGGUGAAAUGUAACUUGCUUAUCAUGAGCACUAUUGCUAUUUUCAAUGUAAUAGCAGGACAGAACAAGUUGUUUUAAUCCGUUGUCGAUCUGACAGCCAGUGGUAGGGCUCCUAAUCGGGUAAAGGUAUUGAUAUAUGUAUGGAGGUGUUAUAAUUUGUUUUAUCAUUUUGCUGCAAGACUAUAAAGCCUUACUCUAUGUCCUGGUGCAAUUGUUUACAUUCUCACCAAAGACCAUUUAAGACUGUAAAAUAUUCACCACUGAAGUGUAGUUUUUGAUACGUGCUGUACAGCGUCAUGACACACGGAUGCCAACCAAGGCAAUCAAGAAAGCACUGUUUAGUGAAAAUCACAGAUGUGUGCCUCUCCACUGAAUUAUUGUGUGAAUGGUCCAGAGGGGGGAAAAUUGACAUGCUUUAUGCCUACCUGCAGCUGAUAAAGAAAAUAAUACUGGCAAGAGUUCAUACUAUCAAUUUGUUAAUCAUUUUUACAUACUGAAUGUUAUAUACAUGUAGCCUAUACAUUUGUUUUUAGGCCAUAUCUAUUUUGUUGUAAUGGAGAGGGCUUUUUCUAUACACACAUUCGUAAGUGCCUGUCACACACAGUGUAUAUUUCUCAUUAACACAAACAGCAGUCUGUUUGAGAACUGAGUCCAUUUUUCUAUGGUGGACCAGUGGCCUCAUGUUUUAUUUCUUGUCACUGUCAAUUGUUCCAAAGACUUCAACAAUUUAUUAUCAGUGUGUUUCCUGCUGUUUGUUUGAUUAGCACACUUCAGAAUGGCUGUCAUUGAUAUAUUUUGAAAUCACAGUCAGUGCCUCCAGCUAAAAUAAGUCUGACUUUUUUUUUUCUUUUUUUUUUCUUUUUUUUUUUUUUUUUUUUUAAAUUGCUGAUAUCCAGAUAUUGUGAGACAUGACUGCUUAACAAGGGAAAACACUGUAUGCCUCACAACUGACAUGCCUGACAUGACAUUCAAUACCUUCUCUGGAGGAUGUUUGUAGCUUCACAUUUUGUGACUCCCAAGCCCAUCGCACUUUCUAAACACUAGCGAGAGCUAAAGAGCUCUAUACGCUUCUGAUUGAAAAAAAAAAAAAAAAAGAUAAAAACUCUUGACUGCAUUCUGUUUUCUAACAUUGAUUAAAGAUCUGUAUAG